CGACCGGCCCUUCCUCCUUAUCACCAACACAUCGUCUUCAACUUCAUCUCGCGCUGCCGCUCCAACAUGUGCGGCAUCUUUGGCGUUCACCGCAUCCCUGACCCGGCCUCGUAUCGCGGCCGAGCCCUCCAAUUGAGUCGCUGCCAGCGUCAUCGCGGCCCCGACUGGAGUGGCUGCGUCGUCACUGAAGACUCGGUACUCUGCCACGAGCGCUUGGCCAUCGUAGGCGUCGACACGGGCGCCCAGCCCCUCGUCAGCGAGGAUGGUAAGCUCGUGCUCGCCGUCAAUGGCGAGAUCUACAACCAUCGCCUCCUCCGCAAGAACCUCAAGGACCCCAACGCCUCAUUCAAGACUCACUCGGACUGCGAGGUCCUGUUGCACCUCUACGGCGAGCAAAAGGCUGCCGAGGAGAAGGGCGAGGAGGCUACGCCAUUCGCCUCUCUCCUGGACGGCAUGUUCUCUUUCACUCUCGUCGACACUAGCGUCACUCCCUCGCGCAUGAUUGCCGCCCGCGACCCCAUCGGCAUCACGACCCUCUACUACGGUCGCUCCUCAAAGGUCCCCGGCGCUGUCUGGGUCUCCUCCGAGCUCAAGGCCCUUGAAGGCGAAUGCGACGAGAUCCACGGCUUCCCUCCUGGACACUACUGGGACAGCUCCAAGCCUCAGGGCCAAGAACUGCAACGCUACUACAACCCGCGCUGGAUCAACGAUGAUGCCGAGGGUGCUCCUCGUCCGACUACACCCGCGGACUUGAAGUUGAUCCGCGAGACGCUCGAAGCUGCUGUGCGCAAGCGUCUCAUGUCCGAGGUUCCCUAUGGCGUUUUGCUCUCAGGUGGUCUGGACUCGAGCUUGAUCGCGGCCAUUGCGGCGCGCGAGACGAACAAGGUCGCAGAGGCGCAAAGGCAGCGGUAUGAGCAGAGGAAAGCCUCGCGACAGGCAGCUGCUGGUAAUGAUAUCCCUCAGGAUGAGAUGGAGACCUUGGCAGCUUGGCCACGUCUGCAUUCGUUCUCUAUCGGGUUGCCGGGCGCGCCAGACCUCAUUGCUGCGCGUCAGGCCGCCGAGUACCUGGGGACCGUCCAUCACGAGCACACCUUCACUACCCAAGAGGCGCUUGAUGCUAUCUCCGACGUCAUCUACCACCUCGAGACCUUCGAUGUGACCACUGUCCGCGCCUCCACCCCCAUGUACCUUCUCUCCCGCAAGAUCAAGGCUAUGGGAGUCAAGAUGGUUCUCUCCGGCGAGGGGUCAGACGAAUUGUACGGCGGAUACCUCUACUUCCACGCCGCUCCUAACGCUGAUGAGUUUCAUUCAGAGUGUGUCAGUCGAGUCAAGAACUUGCACACUGCAGACUGCUUGCGAGCUAACAAGUCAACGAUGAGCUGGGGCCUGGAGGCCAGAGUUCCGUUCCUCGACAAGCAAAUGGUCAAAGUCUCCCUCGACAUCGAUGCAAAGGAGAAAAUGUUCGCCAAGGGCAAGGAGCAGGCUAUGGACAAGAACGGCAGGCCAAUUAUGGAGAAACACAUUCUGCGCGAGGCUUUCGCCCUUACGCCUGAGGGCGAUGACAAGCCUUACCUGCCCGACUCAAUUCUUUGGAGACAAAAGGAGCAGUUCUCCGACGGAGUGGGCCAUAAGCAUAUAGAUACGCUGCGAGAGCAUGCUGAGAAGGUCAUCAGCGACGAGCAGAUGCAGAAAGCCGCCGAGCGAUUCCCUCAUCUCACCCCCGACACCAAGGAAGCCUACCAUUACAGAGAGCUCUUCGAGGCCCAUUUCCCUUCUUCAGCAGCAGCAUCGACGGUCAAGAAGUGGAUUCCGAAGAGCAGCUGGGGCGUUCCUAGCGACCCAAGCGGAAGAGCGCAAGCGAUCCACACUGAGCACGCCGGAUGGCAGGCCGAAGCGAGAGCUGCGAAGUAAAGGGGAAUUAUGAGCGAGCCGCAAGUGGGUAAGGUGAGGAGUGGAACAUCAGCAGCAGCAGCAGCAGCACGCAGUCGAUCGUGACAUUCUGCGCUGCUUCUCCUCGUAAAGGCCACUCGCGAGGAGGAAUGCCUCACCGCUUUCGACCGACCCAUCACUUGAUGCUUCAAUCGUUUGACCCCCAUAGAUGUGUCAUCAUUCAUAAUACAAGAAUCAAUGUACAAUCACAGGGACUAGGCAGGUUCAAGCGAGAAUACGUAACAGGUUUCUCGCUGCGUUCGCAUAGUAGGUUCGCAACCACCACUAGUUUUAAAAAGGCGAGGACCGAUUUCAAGGUGCUCGUCGCUCUCUGAAUUGCCUCGGAGGUACUUGAAUGGACGGUAGAGGAGGCGAGCGUUGUUGGCAUAG